AUGGCGGAUGCUGCUGCUAGACAGCUGCAGUAUGAAUAUAAAGCUAACUCUAAUCUGGUACUCCAAGCUGAUGUGAGACUAAUAGAGCGCCGUGGUCGCGAUGAGGCGACAGGAGAAGUCCUAUCCUUGGCGGGAAAACUUACUGGCACCAAAAUGGGUGACCGGUCACAGAGAACAAAGCCGGAUAAGGCUGAAGAAAGGAAAGCCAAGCGUCAAAAACGUGAUGAAGCAUCAUAUGAGCUAUCAAAAUCAAAGUCUGCCAGAGUUGCUUGGGCAGACGACACACCAGCUGGUGUUUUAUACAGACCGAGAGCUCAACACACACGACAUGCUUACGAGUUGCUUCUGGCUUUUAUGCAAAGUGCUCUUGGUGAUCAGCCGAGGGAUAUACUGUGUGGAGCAUGUGAUGAAGUGUUAGUUGUUCUUAAAAAUGACAAAUUGAAAGAUCCUGAAAGGAAAAAAGAGAUCGAACUUCUCCUCGGCCCUAUUGCUGAUGAAAGAUUUGCGGUUCUUGUCAACCUGGGAAAGAAAAUAACUGACUUUAACGUUAAUUCAUCAUCGGAGGGCAAAACAGAAAUUGAUGAGACUUACGGGAUUAAUGUACAAUUUGAAGAGUCUUCAGAGGAAGAUGAUGAAGAUGCAUACGGAGAGAUAAGAGAGGAAGAGAAAGAAGAAGGUGAAGGGACAGACAAUGAAAAGGAGAAAGAGAGUAGCGGUGAAGAUGAGAGUGACAAUGAAGGGAAACGGAAUUCUAUUCAUACCAAUCUGUCAGAAGAGCAAUCUCAGAAGCGGAGAGACGCCACCUUGCACCCAAUGGACAUUGAUGCAUACUGGCUGCAGCGGCGGCUCUCCAGACAUUUCCCAGAUGCUAUGUUGUCACAGGCAAAAUCCAGCGAAGUGCUGCAAGCCUUGGCUGAAGCUUCCGAUGACAGAGACCUGGAGAACCGCCUAGUUCUUCUACUCGGCUACGACUGCUUCGAUUUCGUGAAGGUUUUGAACAAGUAUAGAUACAUGAUAUUAUACUGUACAAAGCUGGCAUCGUCCCAGUCGGAAAGCGAGCGAUCGUCCAUUCGGGAGGAGAUGUCCAAGCAAACGCAUCUACAGAAGAUCUUAGCUCAGCUGGAAACCGGCAAGGGUGACGAAGAGAUGACAGAACAAUCGGAGCAGCCCCGUAAACGCCAGAAGACAACUGACCAGGGCAACACGGCUGGACAGGUGACAGGGAGCCGGAAGAUGCUGCAGCUUGAAGAGCUGGUCUUCGCUGCUGGAGCGCACCUGAUGGCCAAUAAACGGUGUCAGCUGCCGGCCGGUUCGUUCAGGAAACAGAGAAAGGGUUACGAAGAAGUCCACGUGCCAGCGUUGAAGCCAAAACCAUUCGAGGAGGAGGAAAGCUUGGUGGCUAUUGAGAAGCUGCCCAAAUAUGUACAGCCAGCGUUUGAAGGCUUCAAGACCCUUAACAGAAUUCAGAGUCGUAUAUCCAAAGCUGCACUUGAGUCAGACGAAAAUCUACUAGUGUGUGCCCCGACAGGAGCUGGUAAAACUAACGUCGCGUUACUAACGAUUAUGAGGGAAGUCGGCAAACACGUUAACGACGACGGUACAGUUAACGUAAAUGACUUUAAAGUCAUCUAUGUUGCGCCCAUGCGGUCUUUGGUGCAGGAAAUGGUGGGAAACUUCAGUAAGCGUCUAGCUGCUUACAACAUGAAGGUGUCCGAGUUGACGGGAGACCAUCAGCUGACCAGGGAACAAAUUGACGCCACACAACUGAUUGUUUGCACUCCGGAGAAAUGGGAUAUUGUUACGAGGAAAGGUGGCGAACGCUCGUUCACGAACCUGGUGCGCCUGAUCAUUAUCGACGAGAUCCACCUUCUCCACGACGAGCGUGGCCCGGUGCUGGAGGCGUUGGUGGCGAGGACGCUGCGCACAGUGGAGCAGACACAGGAAGAUGUCCGCCUGGUCGGUCUGUCUGCCACGUUGCCAAACUACACGGACGUCGCCGCGUUCUUGCGAGUUAAACCGGAGAAUGGCCUCUUCUACUUCGAUAAUUCGUUCAGGCCCGUAGCGCUGGAGCAGCAAUACAUCGGAGUGACAGAGAAGAAAGCACUCAAACGUUUCCAAGUGAUGAACGAUAUCGUCUAUGAAAAGGCCAUGGAACACGCUGGAAGGAACCAGAUCCUUGUGUUUGUUCACUCGCGCAAGGAGACGGGCAAAACGGCGCGCGCAAUUCGUGACAUGUGCCUUGAAAAGGACACUCUUGGCCAGUUUUUGAGAGAGGGCUCGGCCAGUGUAGAAGUACUCCGAACGGAAGCGGAACAAGUAAAGAAUCCCGAACUGCGUGAAUUGUUGCCGUACGGUUUCGCCAUCCACCACGCCGGUAUGAGUCGAGUCGACAGGACCUUGGUGGAGGAUCUAUUCGCUGAUAGGCAUAUACAGGUGCUAGUCUCGACGGCGACACUGGCGUGGGGUGUGAAUCUCCCGGCCCAUACGGUUAUAGUGAAGGGUACUCAAGUGUACAGCCCGGAGAAAGGAAGGUGGACAGAACUGGGAGCCCUCGAUGUCCUGCAGAUGUUGGGUCGAGCUGGUCGUCCGCAGUACGAUACGAAGGGAGAGGGUAUCCUCAUAACCAAUCACUCGGAACUGCAGUACUAUCUGUCGCUGCUCAACCAGCAGCUGCCGAUCGAGUCGCAGAUGGUCAGCAAGCUGCCGGAUAUGCUGAACGCUGAAAUCGUCCUCGGGUCCGUGCAGAACAUUCGUGAUGCUGUCACUUGGCUUGGCUACACCUACUUAUACAUUCGGAUGCUGCGACAGCCAGCUCUGUACGGCAUCCAGGCGGAGAAGAUGAAGGAUGACAACCUUCUUGAGCUGCAUCGAGCUGAUCUGAUCCACACAGCUGCGGCCUUGUUGGAUAAAGCGGGUCUGAUCAAGUAUGAACGUAAAUCCGGCCACUUUCCAACCGACCGAGCUGGGCCGCAUCGCGUCCCACUUCUACUGCACCUACGAGACGAUGCAGAACUACAACCAGCUGCUGAAGCCGACCCUCGGCGAGAUCGAGCUGUUCCGCGUCUUCUCGCUCUCCGCUGA